AUGUUCACUCACGAGAAGCACUUCACCAAAGCUGUUGUCGGGGCACUGGUUGUGCUUUCCAUCAUUGCCCUUGUCCUCAGCCUGGUGAAGAUUGAAGAUGUCACCCUGCCACCCACGGUCAAGUAUGGGAUGGUGUUUGAUGCGGGCUCGUCCCACACCUCCCUGUUUGUCUACGAGUGGGAUUCAGACAAGGAGAACGACACCGGUGUGGUCAGCCAGACCUUGUCCUGUGAUGUCCAGGGACAAGGCAUAUCGAGCUAUGCCAGUGAUCCCUCAAAAGCUGGUGAUUCCCUAAGAGACUGCCUGGAGGAGGCCCUGAGGGCUGUUCCUGCUGCCAAACACAGAGAUGUCCCAGCUUACCUCGGAGCGACAGCGGGCAUGAGGCUACUGAGGGAACAGAACAGCUCGGCAGCAGAGCAGGUCCUGGCUGCGGUCGCUAACACGAUGCAGGAGUACCCCGUGGCUUUCAGGGGGGCUCGGAUCCUCACAGGAGAGGAGGAGGGGGCUUAUGGCUGGAUCACCAUCAACUACCUGCUGGACUCCUUCACUAAGUACUCCCCCAAAACACACACCUGGCUUCGUCCAGAGGCAGCCAAUAUUUUUGGGGCGCUGGAUCUUGGAGGAGCAUCCACCCAGAUCAGCUUUCUGCCCGAAGGUUCAGGGGCAGACUGGAAUGAAGCCUCCGAGCUCACACUCUAUGGGUAUAAGUACAACAUCUACACACACAGCUACCUCUGCUACGGGCAGAACGAGAUGCUGAAGAGACUGGCAAAGGAACUAAUUGCGGAGUCACCCUCCAGCACACUUGUCGACCACCCCUGCUACCCAAAAGACUACCAUGAGACCAUCUCGCUGUCCUCCUUCAGCACCAGCCCCUGCACGAACCGCAGCGACCCCCGCCUGCCCCCGGGUGACAGGAGCGUGACCCUGCAGGGCAGGGGCAAUGCCAGCGGGUGCCUGGCAGCUCUCAAGAAGCUGUUCAACUUCUCGGCGUGUGGCCAGAGCCAGGACUGCACCUUCGAUGGUGUCUACCAGCCCCCGGUCCGAGGGCAGUUCAUUGCCUUCUCUGCCUUCUACUAUAACUUCAAGUUUCUCAACCUGACCGAGGGGCAGUCGCUGGCCACUGUCAGGGAGAGCAUCGAGCGUUUCUGCAGGAGAAGCUGGGAAGAUCUGUCUUCCAGCUACCCUGAAGAGAACCCCGAGCGACUGCCCAAAUACUGCACCAAUGCCAACUACAUCCUCACGCUCCUCCUCGACGCCUACAAGUUCAACGAGAGCAGCUGGAGCAACAUCUUCUUCCAGAUGAAG